AAAAUGACAUUAUUAUAAACAUGGAUGUUAUAUGAAUAGGACUCAACGUCUGGUCUUCUGUUAUUCCUGAUUCAGUUACAAAUUUUGAGAGAAUUUGAAUAUUAAUAUUUCUCAUGAAUAUUGGAUUGGAUAUUAAGGUUACCUGCCCCAAUGCCAUGAUUAGUAUUAGAUUUUAGAAGCAAACCGGGAAACUAGUAGCUGUUUACGUAUUUCUAACAUGGCUCACCUGAAGGGCCACAUUGGAUACCCUAUCAUCGGUGACAAGUCUGUGGAGUUUUAUAAAGACCCAAUUGAAUUUGUCAACAAAAGAGUGAAUGAGUUUGAUGAGAAAAUAUUUCAGUCCAGAGUGCUGAACACGCCUACUGUAUUUAUAGCGUCAGCUGAAGGUGUCAGACAGCUUCUUUAUGAAAAAAGUCAUAAUUUUGAGAUGGGAUACCGAGCAUUUAUGUACAAUCUCUAUGGUGAUAAUCUGUUAUUCAGCGGACAUGACGAAGCACAUAGAAUUCGUAGUGUGCUGCAUCAUUUAUUUAGCGGUGAAUCAGUACAGCAAUGGGACAGUCUAUUAGAAAAAUUAAUGAACAGAAAUUUUGAUAGAUUAGACUCUGGGUGUGCUUUGCCGAUGUAUAAAGUAUUCAAACGUUUUUGUACUGAGUUAUCAAUCAGUAUAUUCCUGGAUGUGGAUAUUGAAUCGUCUCUUGAAUUAGUACAGGAAACAACUGACCUAGCAACAACACACUGGCAUGGAAUCAUCUCUGUGCCUUUCAGUUUAAAAGUACCGUAUUGGUCGUCAGGGUUCAAGAAGGCAAUAGAAGCCAAGAACUCUCUGUUUGAGAUAAUCUGUAAAAGACUAGUCCAGACUGUAGAUGGGGACUUUUUACAACAGAUUAAAUCUGCUGGUUUUAAAGAUAUGACAGAAGCAGCACAUCAUGUCUUGCUCUUCAUCUCUGCUUUAGUUCCCAAGGCGAUGGCAUCACUACUCACAUCAUUUACAAUUUUAAUGGCUGAAAAAGAUUAUAUUACGCAUUGUGAAAAAGCAUGUCGAGAUGAGCAAUAUUUGCAGUAUGUUUUAUUAGAAGUACAGAGACUAUGGCCUCCUUUCCUUGGAGGUAGACGUCUUGCAUCUCAGGACUGCGAAAUUGGCGGCUUCAAGAUUCCCAAAGGUUAUGCUGCUGCAUACAUCACAUACUCAGCUCAAAGAGAUCCUAAAAUAUUCCCAGAUCCAGACGAGUUUAGGCCAGAAAGAUGGCGGACGUGUAACGCUGGUAAUGAAAACUAUUUGAGUUGUUUUGGAGGUGGACCAAGAGACUGCGUAGGUUCAAGUUUAAUGAACAGAAUGUUGAAGACUGUUUGUAAGUACCUCUUGAAUCACUAUAGCUGGUUGGUCCCUAAUGGACAAGACUUGACACAUAAAUGGCUCCCAGUAUCAAGACCAAAGCAACAAGUCAUGGUGGUUUAUGAACUUAAAUCUGACUUAGAACAGUCAAGUGAAUUUACCGAAGUAGAUGAUCCAGAUAUCCAUAGUUGAGUUAUACAGUGUAUAAUACAAAUCAGUAGUUUUAAUUUUAGACCUUAUGGGUCUAUCUUUUAAUUAACUUUUGAAUG